AUGCAGCCAACGAGCGCAGCUAGAUGCGACUGGAGCAGCAGGUGUGCUAUGGACGUCUCCUUUUCUACACCAGCCAAUGAGUCUACAUCGGGCAAAGCGUCGGGGUCGUGCCCAGCAGUAGUAUCUACCACCUGCUGCGUGCAAUGUGAGGCACGCCGCUCGCGGGAGCGCCUGCGGCAGUUGGCCACGCCUCAGGGUGCCCAGGUGCUGCAGCGGCUCAGCUUUCGUUACUUGGCCUCUGGUGACUCUGCCCGGGCUCUGGAAGAGUUGGACAGCUCGCUCUAUGAGUUGGUGAAGCAACGUCUGAGCCUUGCGCGCUGCGGCGUUGCCAAGCAACCUCCUCCGUGUUGGGAGCAGGACGACGUCCCUUUGCCAUUCACCGCCGCCUGCGUGAAGAAAUCACCAUCAGGAGCAUAUCAGCCCUCAAGAGGCUACCGAAGUGCCCCUUUGCUGUGGAGAACCCUCGAUCCACUGCCCAAGCGAAUCUUUGGUUGCCGCGCUGCCACAGUCAUCCAAAGCAUGCACCUGCCGCCCCUCGUGCCCCUGUCGGCACCUAAGCCGCCCGACAACCAGGAUGUACGACUCCAAGCAGCCGAGAAUCAACCAGCUAUCGGGCCAACAAACAAUGCCAGGACAACCUGCUCCUACAUUCGUGGGCCUUCAAGAAUGACCGCGUCAACAAAG